UCCUUGCAUAGUUUCUAGAGAAGCGAACAUGGCACCGACUUCAGAAGGUAUGGAGGACAAGAAUCAAAGGAACGUCAUUCUUGUCAAUGCAUCAAAGCGGGAGUUGUUCACACUCAAUAAUGGUCUAAAGUCACUCAACAGAAAGUUACGGUCUUCAUGGAAAUUGGUUCCGAACAAAGAUGAAAUCAGCGAGGACAAGUUGGCCCAAGUUAGGAUAUUUCUUAUUGCAGGGCCAAGAGAAAAGUUUACAGCUGCAGAGAUUGCAGCCAUGAAGAAGUAUCUGGACAGUGGAGGAAGUAUUUUAGUCAUGUUAGGAGAAGGUGGAGAAACAAGGUUUGACACAAACAUCAACUUUCUCCUCGAGGAUUUCGGGAUCAUGGUCAACAGUGAUGCGGUUGUUAGAACAUCAUACUACAAAUAUUUCCAUCCUAAAGAAGCUUUAAUAUCAAAUGGAGUUCUCAACAGAGCUGUGAGUCAGGCAGCAGGGAAGUCCUUGUCCUACGGUGGAGAUGAUGAUGCUAACAAUGCACAGGCUCUGUCGUUCCUGUAUCCGUAUGGUGCUACCUUGAAUGUGGUGAAGCCAGCUGUCGCCGUCCUGUCUACAGGCACUGUGUGUUUCCCUCUGAACAGACCCGUCCUAGCUCUACGUACAAACAAGCAAACAAGAGGAAAGAUAGCAGUCCUUGGGUCUGUCCACAUGUUCCACGACCAGUAUAUAGACAAAGAGGAAAACAGUAAAAUUCUGGAUGUCCUUGUCCAGUACCUCACCACAGAGGAGAUCAAACUGAAUGCUAUAGAUGCUGAGGACCCUGAGAUCAGUGACUACAACCAGCUCCCAGAAGUUGCCAAGCUGGCUGAGGAGCUGAAGACUUGUCUCCAAGAGAGUGACGACAUACCUCGUGACAUCACAACACUGUUUGAUAACUCUCUCUUCAAACUUGAUACUAGUCUCGUACCAAAGGCAAUCAAAGGUUACGAUCAGCUUGGAUGUAAACAUGAGUCACUGACACUCAUCACGCCCCAGUUUGAGACGCCUCUUCCGCCUCUACAACCAGCAGUGUUUCCCCCGAACUUCAAGGAGCUGAAUCCCCCAGCACUGGAGCUGUUUGAUCUGGAUGAACAGUUCUCGUCUGAGAAAGUCCGAAUUGCUCAGAUCACCAACAAGUGUACUGAUGAUGAUCUGGAGUACUAUGUACGAGAGUGUGGGGACAUUCUGGCUGUCACCAGCAAACUCCAACCAGACUUCAGAGAUGCUAAACACAUAAUUGAAUAUGUCUUUGCUCAAGUGGUAGAGUUCAAGAAACUCAAUCAGGACAACGACUACAACCCAGUUGAGUUUGGAGGAGGGGCUGACAGCUAUGCAUAGAAUGAAUCACCAUGACGUCUAGGUCACAAGAACACCCAACACCCACAACUCAAGUUCUUACAGAUUCGUGUAUAUCCCCAACCCAGUUCAAAGUGAAGGACAAAAUUAUCACUUCGUCAUAACAAUGAAAAAAUAUACACAGUUCAGGCGUUAAAGGGAGCUGGGUCAGUCUGCAGUCCAAAUAUUUUUCAUGGAAGUCAUUCCAAUCAACUUUGAUAAUCUGCAAAGUCAAAUUAUAUAAUACACAUAGAUCAUGAAGUUAAUGUUUAUGAAUUAUUCGUACUGGUACAUAUUUUAUGUAUUAUUAAUUGUUUGGCAAAAAUGACUGAUUACUGAGUUCUUGACUGAAAAUGGCCUCCAGAUCAUGGAGCAAGUUGGGACUGGCCAAUUUCUCAUCACUAAUCAUAAUAUUUAGAGACUGCUAGUUUCUAUAUUAAAAACAUGCAAGGAUUGUAAACUUUACCUACCUGGGGAAAUAACAGCUUUGAUAAAUGAAAAGUGUUUCCAGACAGCAAUACAUUAUAAUUCAUGAAUGGGAAUUUCCUGAUUUGACAAAUCCACUUCAGCUGCUCAUUUAGGGAAAACACAUUCUUGACAUCUCAUGUGUAGAAUUCAUACUGAUAUGUGAUAAGUGUAUAUUUCUCAUAUAAAGACAUGUUUUUACAGAUGUUUUAGAGACCCUGAUAACCUUUGUAACAGUGUCUAAGUGAUAACUGUUAUUCUGUAGAGUACAAUUUCUGAAACACAUUGCAAACCUAUGUGGCUCAAUUAGUAGUAAUGCUUCUACUUUUGAAAAACAGUGAAUGUGUAAUGUGAGAUAAAGAGUGAAACCGAGGGUGGAUUGAGGGUAAAAUAAGCUCUUCAAAAGUGAAGUCCCCAGCAAAUAUUCCUUAGGUUAUGACAUAAUAAGAAUUGAGAAUCUAUGACCUUCACAGACCCAACAAUAAUUUCCACAAUAACUUAUUUAAAAAAUCAUAUAUUGCUUUUCUGAUGCAUACAUAUUUAAAAAGUAGUCUCACUAACACCAUGGUUACAAAUGUUUUUGAUCUUGUGUUAAAGGAACAUUCCCAUAGGAUCAGAAGAAGUACACUAAACUGAAUAAUCUGGGCCUAGAUUUUCGAAGCUAUCUUAGAGCUAAGAUAGUCGUAAGUGCCAUACAUUAACAUUAACUUACGACUAUCUUAGUGCUAAGAGAGCUUCGAAAAUCUAGGCCCUGGUUGUUAUCACAAGUCAUAAUUCUUCUGUUCUUGUUACAAUGCAUAUUUUCCGUCCUGUAGUCAAUGGUUGUAAAUGCUCUCAAGACCAAAUACUUAUCUUAACUGGAGUAUGUCUCAGCUGUUUUUUACUUCAAAGUGUCUUUACAAUGUUAGAUCUGUAUAUAUAUUAAGAGUAUUUAUUAGGUGUUAAUGUGUACACGCCUGUAAAUUGUUGGAUGUUUCUGUUUGUUUUCUUAAGUCUCUAUGAUUGUAAAUAAAACUAUCUUUGUAAUA